AUGAAUCCGGACGAAAUCGAUAGAAUUGAAAAGGAUCUGAAGCGGAAGAUCUCUCUGUCGUCGCUGGGAGAAGUUACUCAUUUUUUGGGCAUUCGAAUUGCGAAGGAUGAAGACGGAUUUUACUGCAUGGAUCAGAAGGCGUACGUUACGAAGCUAGCGAAGCAGUUUGGCUUAGAUCAGGCGAAAGUAUCGAGUAUACCGAUUGAUGUUGGAUACUACAGAAGCCGUACUGGUAGUAAGCAGCUAGCAGAUAACAAGGACUAUCGAAGCAUCAUUGGUGCCCUGCUUUACGUAGCUGUCAAUACAAGGCCAGACGUGGCAGCAAGUGUUGCAAUUUUAGCCAGACAAGUUAGUGAACCAACGGAAGUUGAUUGGGUCGAGGUGAAGCGUGUAGUCCGAUAUCUACAGAAGACGAAAGACUACAGACUGAAGCUUGUAGCCAAUCGAGACGAGCCACUGAGGCUUGUUGGAUUCUGUGACGCAGACUGGAGUUCCGACACAACAGAUCGCAAGUCGAACUCUGGGUACAUCUUCCAGCUAGGACAGCUAGCCGACCCUGGGUGUUCCGGAGCUUGCUCUUGUCGCCUGAGUCGACCGGGUGCUGUAUGUUUGAUCUCCGAGUAG